CUCCUGCAAGUUGGGAUCUCUGCCUGAGAGUCAGCAUCUUGCAUUUUGUUUCCCUCAGGGAGAAUGGUGAACAAGGAAAAUCCCAUCACAAAAUACAUCGAACUGGAAAGUCUUGGCAGCGGGGGUUUUGGAGAGGUUUCCAGAGCACUUGACAUUGCAACAGGAGGAGAGGUGGCCAUAAAGAAAAUAAAUGUGCAAGGAGUGAAUAGGAAGAUACUAACCAUGAAUGAAAUCAGGAUCAUGGAGAGUAAUAGGAGUCCCAGGAUCGUGAAUUACUUAGCCAGCUACCUUGUGCAUGAGGAACUCUGGCUGGUGAUGGAGUACAUGGACGGAGGCACUCUGAGAGAUCUCAUCGACGAGAUUCAAAUGUCUGAAGGAGAGAUUGCAGCUGUCAGUCGGGAGGUCAGGGAUCCCAUCUGUGCUUCCAAGGCCUUGAGCUGCAUUGUCUGGGAAACAGGGGCUCAGAACGGGAGGGAUUUCAUGGGCCAAGCUUGGUUUCUGUGUUGCUGCUCGGCUAUGGGCAAGCAAGAGCAUCUCAAGUGAACUGUCUGCCAGUGCCCCUACACUCACUGGACUCACUUCCUGUACUCUUAUCCCCUGCUCUUGUAUUCUAGCUCUGUCUCUUGCAUUGGCAUUUGCACUUCUCCACCUUGCCUAGCUAAACUUUUGCCUGUCUGCA